AUCAGCACUUUCGUUUUGUCCUCCUUCCUAUUUAUCACCCCUACUCUUUGUACCUGGACGCCAAUACUGAUAAAGGGAAAGCUACACCUGCGCAUCCACAUCGCAUUUGCAUCUUUCCCACGCACCUCCACCCUCUAUAUGUUCACCACUACUCACUUCCAUAUUAUUGUAACAAUUCACAGAGAGAGAAUUCCAGAGAGAAAGAUGAGCUUUUUCCAGCCAAACAUGCCAGAAAAUUUCUUCGCAGUAGUUGAAAUACCUCAACAGAAGGUCUACAAUGGAGUUUUCUUCCCUGCAGUCCUCUCUUCAGAUCCAACAAGACUCACUUCGGACGUUUCUGUUCUAACAGAGGCUAUCAAGCUUCAUAAGCCAUGGUUGGACUCUCUUCUUCAUCGUUCUGGGGCUGUUCUUUUCAGAGGUUUCCCUUUAACCACCGCUUCUGACUUCAAUGACGUUGUCGAGGCUUUUGGCUACGAGGAACUGCCCUAUGUCGGCGGCGCUGCGCCUCGGACUAACGUUGUUGGCCGGGUUUUCACGGCUAAUGAAUCGCCUCCGGAUCAGAAAAUCCCUUUUCAUCAUGAAAUGGCUCAGGUACCCGUGUACCCAUUGAAGUUGUUCUUCUUUUGUGAAGUAGAACCUGCUAGUGGCGGAGAAACUCCUGUAGUUCUUAGCCAUAUCAUAUAUGAGAAAGUGAAAGAGAAGUACCCAGAGUUUGUUGAAAAAUUGGAAGAGCAUGGAUUGAUCUAUACGCGAGUGCUGGGAGAAGAUGAUGAUCCUUCAUCCCCAAUCGGUCGUGGGUGGAAGUCAACUUUUUUGACCGAAGACAAAAGCGUGGCUGAGGAAAGGGCUGCUAAGCUAGGAAUGAAGUUGGAAUGGAUGGAGGAUGGAGUAAAAACCAUAAUGGGCCCAAUCCCAGCAAUCAAGUUUGAAAAGACGCGGCAGCGCAAGAUUUGGUUCAACAGCAUGGUGGCUGCUUACACAGGCUGGGAAGAUGCAAGAAAUAAUCCUGUGAAGGCAGUCACCUUUGGAGAUGGAAGCCCCUUACCGGCUCAUAUCAUAUAUGACUGCCUGAAAAUACUUGAUGAGGAAAGCGUUGCCAUACCUUGGCAGAAAGGUGACAUUCUGCUGGUGGAUAAUUUGGCAGUUUUACACUCCCGACGGCCUUUUAACCCACCUCGCCGCAUUCUAGCUUCACUCUGCAAGUAGAGGAGAUGCAGGCCCUAUUCCCAUCUACUGGUUGUACUUCCUUGAUAACCGGCCUGCUACAACGGAUAAAGAAUAUAAGGUCUGCCUUAUUAAAACCCUUCCUCUAAAGAUGUAUAUGGUUUACCAAAAUAAUGAUUCAGUUUUAAUUGGAAUACCCUUUUUUUCUUGCAAAAUUCUGUUGCAACACAAUGGUACAACUUAUCUGAGUGGC